AUGGCCGAGUCUUCGCCUUUGCUAGCUUCCUUUCAGGAGGAUCGCAACGAAUUCCCCAGCAUUCUGCAAGGGAAAAAGGUCCUGUUGGCCACUGAAUCAUGGGGUCCCGUCAACGGCGUCAGUCGCACUACUCGCAGUCUGGUCGAGUACUUGCGGGAUCAUGGCGUGGAGUUGAUUCUGGUCGCGCCUCACUUCAAAGGUGAUACGUCGAAACAAAAGGUGUCCUGGGAAUAUCGCCUCCCUGGAUGCGCCUUGCCCUACAACCCCGAUUUGACCGUCGUCUACCCUUUCCAAAUCAACCAUGUCUAUCAACAGACCUUCCAGCCAGACAUUGUGUACCUGGCGAGUCCGGCCUCGCUUGGCUUUCAGAUGCUCUUGCAGAUCCGUCAGCUACGGUCACCCCCGCCAGUGCUGCUCAACUUUCAGACCGAUCUGUCGGCCUACUCGGAGAUCAUGCUUCCGACUCCGUUGGAUCAAUUCGGUGUCUGGUUGUUGGCGACGGUCCAGGGGUUCCUGUUCCGGACUCGUGCCGUACACACCAUCUUCUACCCGUGCUCGGCGAUUCGAGGCUAUCUGGAACGCGCAGGAGCUCCAGUUGAUCGAUUAGUCCAGCUGGGUCGCGGCGUCGAUACCGUCUUGUUCACCCCCACACAUCGUGACGAGGCCUACCGCAGGGAGAUUGCGCCAAAUGGAGAAAUCAUUCUCAUCUGCGUCUGCCGUAUUGCCCCGGAGAAAGGAUUCGAGUUCCUCGCGCAGGUCGCGACUCGCUUGGCGGCGGACAAGGUGCCUUUCAAGCUGCUGAUCGUGGGAGGCAACCGAAAUCCCGUGGUGGAAAACAAGGUCAAGCGGUUGUUUGACGAUGUCCGGAAUCACGUCGUCUUUACCGGGUUCCUCACUGGAGUCGCCCUGGCUCGUGCCUAUGCCUCGGCCGAUCUUUUCUUGCACUGCUCUAUCACCGAGACCUUUGGGCUGGUGGUCCUCGAAGCCAUGGCCAGUGGGAUUCCCGUGAUUGCGCGCGAUCAAGGCGGGCCCUCUGAUAUUAUCCGUCAUGAUCAAACUGGAUAUCUAGUUGCGCCCCAUGACCUCGACCGAUUCACCGAUUUGACGCGCGAGGUAUCCCAAGACUCUGUCCGACGGGAAAGACUUGCAAAGGCUGCCCGUCAAUAUGCGGAUGAUACCACUUGGGAGAAGAUCAAUCGUCGAGCAGCAUGGCAGAUUGCCGAUGCGUUGACACAUACGGAUCAAGAGUCGCACGGUCCACGGACACCGCUUCGGCCUGGAGUUAUCGGCUCAACCAUGGAGCAGAUUCGUCUGGGAUUUGCCGUGGGCAUCGUAUAUGUGAUGUGGUUGAUUGCGGUAGUCCCGUUGAUCGUCCAUGGACAUCGCUUUAUUCCUCGGGCGUGGCAGGCGCUGCGAGAUCAGUUCCAAUGUACUCGGCCACUCCGCAACUGA